GCUGUCAGGUUGCCGUGGUUUCAGCCUCUCGUUUCUUGUGGCGACCAUCGUCGGGGAUGAGUGUGUGUGCGGUUGAAGGGUGUGUGUGUGAGUGUGUGUCUGCGUGUGUGUGAACUGUGAUUAUUUCAGUUGUGAGGAUUUUUGAUGAGGAAGGAAGGAAAGAGGGAAGCAGGUGCUGAAGGGAAGAUGUCGACUAAUGUCGCUGCAGACUAAAAUCAGACGGCCAUCGUUUCCUCUCAGAACGACAGGAAGCUCCAUCACUCCAUAUUUUCUCUGCACAGGAAAGACUGAGGGAGGAAGGAGGGAUGGAGGGAGUCUGAGCCUUCUCUGAUCAUUGGGCCUUUAGAGAGUCAUGGCCUCACAAGAGGAAGCUUCUUCCUUCGGGAGGUUUUUCCAGUACGUGGAGGACAGCGGACUUCAGACCUACGAUGGUCUGGUGAUCCAAAAUGCCUCCGAUAUCGCCAGAGAGAGUGACCGCAUACGCAACCAGACCAAUUGGACCUAUUUACAGGAAAAACACCAGAAGAAGAGACGGCAGGACGAGGCCAUCAAGAGGAUUGGUGAAGAUGUUGCCAUAGCAACAGAUGGGGCAUAUGCUGGGAAACAUUUCAGGAUGGGUUUCAUGACAAUGCCAGCGCCACAGGACCGACUCCCUCCCCCCAGCCAAGGCUUCACCGUCCGAUCCCAGUCCCUCCACUCGGUGGGCGGAGGAGAGGAGGACUCCAACCACAACCGCAAGCAACCUCCACCAAAACCCAAGAGGGACCCCAACACCAAACUGAGCAGCAGCUCUGAAACAGUGGAUGGAGUUCCCGGUGUCACCAAGAGGGACUAUCAAGAGACCAAAGAGACACUGGAACAGGCUGAAGCUCUAUACCAUCUCCACUCUGAGGACAGCAAAAAGAUGCCUCCACCCAAACCCAAGAGGAACCCAAACACUCAGCUCAGCACCUCCUUUGACGAGUCCUACAUCCGUAACCAUGGCAGCAAGAAGUCUUCCUCACACUGGGACAAAUCUUCAUCCCAAAAUCAAAGUCCAGCUUCCAGAGACACAGACGAUGAGGAGCCAGUUUACAUCGAGAUGGUGGGGAACAUCUUGCGAGAGCUGAAAGGUCAAGAGGCCGAGGAGGAUGAGCAGAGUGAGUCGGUGUAUGAGGAGAUGAAGUAUCCAAUGUUGGAGGACUUCCUGCCGGACACACACUCCACCAUCAUCCACCCUGAUGCCUGGUCAUCCCGGAGCUCUCUCUGCGACAUCCCUCCCCCUUUCCCCAAUCUCCUGACUCACCGCCCACCCCUGCUUGUAUUCCCACCCGCCCCUGCUCAGUGCUCCCCCAACUCUGAUGAGUCCCCCCUCACUCCUUUAGAUGUCACCCGGCUGCCCGUGUUAGAAAACGUCUCCAUUAAGUCGGGUGGGGCUGAACACCCACAAAGCUCCGCCCACCACCGCAAAGAACGAACUCGGGAUGGGGAUCGAGACAGAGACCUAACCUCCACCCACACCAUCACGUCUUCUGGUCGCUCAUCUGCUCCACCUCUUCCCUCCAACCACUACAAGUCCUCUAGCUCCACCCACGGUGGCCAUGGUUACCCCCGCAGCCAAUCAGCAUGUCCAUCUCCGGUCAGCAUGGGUCGCUCCCUGACUCCUCUAAGUCUGAAGAGACCACCGCCUUACGACACUUUGAUGGCAGGAGGAAGUAUGCCGCGCUCCUCAUCCUCAUCAUCUUCAUCGUCCCACAGGGUGGGGGAGAGUGGGGCUAAACUUAGUAACUCUUCCUCCACCCACGGCUCCAUGCAAAAUGUGUCAAUGAGGUCACAGACUCCUACGAGCCCAUUGGAUGAACUCAACAAUCUGUUUACGUCAGGAAGACAAAAGAGAGGGUCAGGAAGAAAGAAGAGCAGGGAGGCUGAAGUGGACAGUAGGUCUCUGCCAAGGCACAACAGUAGAGAAAGAGACGAACAGUCGAGUCCAGUUUCCAGCAGAAUGGGGAGGUCAUCAGUCAGCCCCACCAUGAUGCUGUCAGGAGGAGGAGGAGGAGGAGGAGGAGGAGGAGGAGAAUCAAAGUCUGUGUGUAAACUUGGCCGUUCAGCCUCAACAUCAGGUGUUCCUUCACCACAACGUCACCUGCAUGACCCUCAUCAUCCUGCCCUCAGCCAGAUGCCGUGGCUCUGCAGUGACGUCACUAUGAUGGAGACGAUUGAGAAGAAACGAGUUUUGUGUCGUGAGAUUAAAUCUCGUCAGCGCCCCGAGAAGAAUCUGUGUAAACAGGAAACGUUCCCCAUUCUGCCGAGCUGGAAGAGGAAGCAGCCGCCUCCAUAUUCAGCCCCGCCCACCACCGCCGUCUUCUUUGACACAGAGAUCUGAACCAGCUGAAGAUGAAGAUGAAGGUGAUGAAGCUGGCUGAUCUUUCUCAUAUAACCUGUCUCAUUAAUAAAUAACUGUAAAUAAUUUCAAUAAUCAAAGAACAAACUUGUGUUCAGUUUGUUCCCUCAGCGUCAGAUGCAAAGAUGUCAGACCAUCAGUCAGUGGACGAAUCUGUUCAAUGUUCAAGACUUCAGUUCAUCUGAUGUGGGCCCAGACCCAGAGGUUGAGCCACCAUCUAAUAACCCACAGCAGAAACUGAUGAAUGGAACUUUAUUUAAACCCUGAGAUUAACAGCACACACAAACACAUAUUAUCUAUUACAAUCAUUCAAACAUAUCAUUUAUUAUAAUAAUUUAAACACUUUAUUUAUUAUAUUUAUUUAAACUCAUAAUCAUUUAAACAUUAUUUAUGGUAUCAUUUAAACUCUUUAUUUAGAUGGAGGUCAGGGAGGUAGAGGAGGUGUAGCAAAACCGUUGUCUUUCUUGUCGUUCUUUUUCUAUCUGUGAAAGGUUUUCAUGAUUUUCUCUGACGGUGACGUAGCAGAAAAAGAAUUUAUAAACUGACUUGUUUUAUAAAGAAUCAGCGCCCGUGUGUGAAGGUCAGGAUGUGAAAAUGUUUUUAUAUUUAAGCACUUUUAUGAUGAUGAACAGAUAUAUAUUUAAAAAAAGAUGAAGGACAAUAUUGUGGCAGGUUGUUGUGGAUUUGACCUCUUCCACUGUCCCAGAAACAUACAGCCUGACUCAAGAUUAACUCCAGUGUGACUCUAGAUUAACUCCAGUAUAUCUCUAGAUUAACUCCAGUCUGACCCCAGAUUAACUCCAGUCUAUCUCUAGAUUAACUCCAGUCUGACCCCAGAUUAACUCCAGUCUAUCUCUAGAUUAACUCCAGUCUGACUCCAGAUUAACUCCAGCCUGACUCAAGAUUAACUCCAGUGUAUCUCUAGAUUAACUCCAGUGACUCCAGAUUAACUCCAGUGUGACUCCAGAUUAACUCCAGUAUAUUU